UCCCCACGGACCCGCCAAAAUUCAAAUGCUCAGCUUCCUCUAGGGCACAGGUGAUGCCCCCAACUCUCCUGCUGCUGCUUUCACUGGCCCUGGUCCUGAUGGAGACCUGGGCAGGCUCCCACUCCCUGAGGUAUUUCUCCACCAUGAUGUCCCCGCCCGGCCUCGGGGAGCCCCACGUAGUGGUCGUGGGCUACGUGGACGACACGCAGAUCGAGCGGUUUGACAGCGACGCGGCGAGCCUGAGGAUGGAGCCGCGGGCGCCCUGGGCGGGGCGGGAGGGGCCGGAGUGCUGGGAGCUGGAGACGCGGAGCGCCAAGGGCACCGCGCAGACGUUCCGCCUGAACCUGGGCAGCGCGGUCUGCUACUACAACCACAGCCAGGCCCGUUCUCACACCUUCCAGAAUAUGUGCGGCUGCGACGUGGGGCCCGACGGGCACUUCCUCCGCGGGUACAGUCAGUCCGCCUACGACGGCGCCAAUUACAUCUCCCUGGACGAGGACCUGCGCUCCUGGACCGCGGCGGACUUGGAGGCUCUGAUCACCCGGCAGAAGUUGGAGGCAGCCGGAGCGGUGGAGCGCUUCAAGGACUACCUGGAGGACACGUGCGUGGAGUCGCUGCGCAGACACCUGGAGAACCGGAAGGAGACGCUGCAGCGCACAGAUGCCCCAAGGACACUCAUGACCCACCACCCCACCUCUGAGCAUGAGGUCACCCUGAGGUGCUGGGCCCUGGGCUUCUACCCUGCGGACAUCACCCUGACCUGGCAGCGAGAUGGGGAGGACCUGACCCAGGAGAUGGAGCUGGUGGAGACCAGGCCUGGGGGAGAUGGAACCUUCCAGAAGUGGGCGGCUGUGGUGGUUCCUUCUGGAGAGGAGCAGAGAUACACGUGCCAUGUGCAGCAUGAGGGGUUGCUGGAGCCCCAAGUCCUGAGAUGGGUGCCCCCUCCUCAGCCAACUGUCCCUACCGACUCCACCAACCCCAUCGGGGGCAUCAUUGCUGGCCUGGUUCUCCUUGGAGCUGUGCUCACUGGAGCUGCAGUGGCUGCAGCUGUGAUGUGGAGGAAGAAGCGCUCAGGAGGACAAAGAAUAAGCUACGCUCAGGCUGCAAGGAGUGACAGUGCCCUGGGCUCUGAUGUGCCUCACAGCAGCUAAAGUGUGAGCCAGCUGCCUGUGGGAGCUGAGUGAUGCAG